GCAAGAUUCACAUUAACAGUGGACCCUCAGUAAUUGAUGCUGCCAUGGAGAGUAUUACAAAACUGUUUAGUGACCUGUGUGAGGCCCAUGCCUCAGGCUUGCCAAAGACAGUCCAUUUGGGUAGAGGAAAAAGUGGCAAAAAAGGGUCAAACAAAAGUCUCAAGAAGAUAGCAUAUAAUGCUUUAUUUGCCAACCUUUUCCUGGAGGAGGGCCGGAAAAUACAAUCAAACACCCCUAAACUACCGGUGAAAAACAAAGUUUUAAUGCUAUCUUUCAACUUGAGAGUUGCUGGAAUGGGCCCAGAAGCCGACAGACUGGAGGAGCUUGUAGAUGAGUUGGAAAAGUCUACCUGUCUACCCUUUACUGAAAUCACUUCUGUUCUGGAUCUUCUGGUACAGCUUGCAGGAACUGGGCCCCCUCAGUGUUCACCACUCAAAAAGGAUUAUUUUCUGAACAACAAAUAUGUCGGGAGAAAUGUUAAAUACCAAGGCUACGAUUAUUAUGAUGUAAGUGUGUUUGAAGCAGACAUACAAGCAUUUAUUGCAAAUGAGGAGCAUCAUUUAAAUGAUACAGUUCAAAAGACUUUGCAGGUGAUGGAGGCAGCACCUGGCACAGGUCUUCCUUCCGUAGAACUCUUUUCACAAAAUUGCGCUGUGGGUGAUAGGUUUGAACGAGAAACUCGUGUCUCCCUGUUUGGUGCUCUUGUUCACAGUCGGACAUAUGACAUGGACAUCAAGCUGGACCUGCCACCAGUGCCUGACAGUGCAGAUUUAUCAGGACUUGCAAUUAAGGUUCCCCAAAGUAUUGAUCCUUCAGAGGAUGAAGGAUUCCAGUCAGCAUCCAAUCUCACUCCUGACUCGCAGUCAGAACCCAGUGUGACACCAGAUAUUGACAUCUGGGAAGCAGUUCUUACCUAUGGACCUAGUAAGCGAAGAUGCUGGGAAAGGAUUGGAUGUCCACCAGGAAAGAAAGAAGAACCAUACCUUUCUGAGGCUGGUAGAGAAGCUUUUGACAAAUUUUGCAGACUUCGAGAAGCAGAAUUGCAACUUUUCAGCAGUAACAAACUCCAGCUUCCGCAGCGUGUGCUAAUAAAAGAAUCAGAAAUUGUUAAGGAUGUUCUCAAUGUCCUUAUUGGGGUGAUUUCUAAUUCAUUCCCAUUUAAUCAGGCUGCUCAGAAAUUUGUGGUCAAGCAGGGCAUAUAUGUAUCUGGAACAUCACCUGAAAGCAUGAACUGCCUUCUGUCAGAAAUUGCUGAAUACGGAACAUAUUACACACGCCUGAGCCGCUUCUCUAUCCAACCUGUCUUGGACUCUUCAUACAGGAAAGGACUUGUGUUUCAGGCAUUCACAAGUGGGCUAAGGAAGUACCUUCAGUAUUAUCGAGCAUGUGUUUUGUCAACUCCUCCCACGUUAACUCUUCUGACUAUCAGCUUUCUCUUCAGGAAACUAGGACGCCAGCUAAGGUAUUUAGCUGAACUCUGUGGCAUAGGAGUGACUUCAGUGGGAAUUGGUGGUAAUGCCGAUGCAUUGUUUCCAACUGGAGUGAAACUUCUUUCGUAUCUAUACCAAGAGGCCCUUAAUAACUGCAGCAAUGAACAUUACCCAGUUCUUUUGUCACUACUAAAAACAAGCUGUGAACCAUACACAAGAUUUAUACAUGAUUGGGUAUACAGUGGUGUAUUCAGAGACGUGUAUGGUGAAUUUAUGAUUCAGGUGAAUGAGGAUUAUCUCAGCUUUAGAGACAAACGUUACUGGACCCAUGGAUACGUUUUGAUUUCAAAAGAAGUAGAAGACUGUGUCCCUGUGUUCCUGAAACAUAUUGCUAAUGAUGUCUACAUUUGUGGAAAAACCAUAAACUUGUUAAAGUUGUGUUGUCCCAGGCACUAUAUAUGUUGGUCUGAUAUUCCUGUUCCUCGGAUUUCUGUAAUUUUCUCCCUUGAAGAAUUAAGAGAGAUUGAGAGAGACUGCGCAGUGUACGUCAGUCGAAUGGAAAGAAUUGCACGCUAUAGUACCAUCAGCAAGGAAGAAAAGGAUCUGAAAAUGAAAGUGAAAAAACAGGGUUUAUUGUUCCAUGCUCGAGAAGCAGCUAGCGAAGCUCUUAAAGCCAUUACUGGUAAGCAAAUAUCUCAGAAAAUGGUACUGGAUGCAAAGAAGCGUGAACAGUUUCAGAUUAAAAGAACAAUUUGAAAAGAUCACAGGUAUUUAUCUUAAUUGAAUUUUCUAGACACUGAUGAUGAUUUUAGUUAUGCCCGAGAGCUCAGGAGAGGGGAGAUGAAGGCUUUAGAGAAGAUUUGUAGGAAAAGAGCAAGGUUAAUUGACCAUUACCGCAACACUAUCUGAAGAUGCAGCUCGUAGAGAAAAAAAGCCUUAUGGAAAAUUCAGAGACAUAAAUUGGAACACAGCCCGUCUCAGUUUCUGAUGGAAGAUCAAAAACAUUCCUUGGAAAUGCUUGAAAAACUUCCUGAUGGAAAAUACAGGAGGAAGGUAGACAUAAUUCCAGAAAAUCGAUGUCAACAGGUUGCAGCUGCACUUGGGCCAUUUUCAUUAUUUGCACUUCAGUUAGCUCCUGCUGAGCCUAGCUAUCUACUGAUGGGGACAGACACUCGAAAGACAGAGUCUCAGCUGGAAAAUGAUGCUUCAGAUAAGAAAUCGCUGGACUUCACAGCCAACAAUAUACGUAAUGAGUAUCCUGAGUUGGAAGAAUCAGAAACUACAUCCCAGGUACUCCAUACGGAGGAAACAAUCUCUCCCUCAAAAUCCAUGUCUGAACAACAAGGUCUGGAUUUGAAAUUUUUACCAAAACCUCAGAGAAGAAACAUUGCUGCCACCUGUGUAAAGGAGACCAGUUUAUUAGAGGAGCUUUGCGAAUAUCAGUUCCAGUCUUCCCUUGGUGAUCAGAUUGGUGAAGAAAAUUCUGUGCCAAAGGAUGUUGUAGAAGGGGAAGCCAUUACCCCAGAAUAUGACUUUAUACUGUUCUCAGGCCUUCAGUUGCACCAGCCACUCAGAGUUGGAGAAAAUGUUUUUGAUGUUGAAAGCAGGAGGCCUCGAUGGAAUAUUCAUGGCCAUGCAUCUGAUGCAAGCAUUAAAAUAGGAGAAUAUGUUCCAGAUGCAGAACAAGCCCAGCCACAUUCAAAUCCUCAUGGCCAUUCUUCAGAUGCACACAUUAAGAUUGGAGAAUAUACUUCUGAGGAAGAACCUAUCCGGCCUCGCUGGAAUAUCCACGGCCAUGUGUCUGCAGCUCACAUUCAGGUUGGACAAUAUGCCUCUGAGGUAGAACCCUCAAGGCCCAGGUGGAAUAUUCAUGGGCAUGCUUCUGAUGCCAACAUCAAAAUUGGUGAGUAUGUGUCAAACAUAGAGCCAAAUAGACCUCGGUGGAACAUCCAUGGGCACAUGUCAGACGCCAGCAUCAAAAUUGGUGAAAAUGUUUCUGAAGUGGUGUCCUCUCGACCACGGUGGAAUAUUCAUGGGCAUGUCUCCAAGUCACACUUUAAGACUGGUGAGCUGGUUUCUGAUUUUGAGACUUCAAAGCUUCGAUGGAGUGCCUUUGGCCAUGCAUCACAGUCAAGUAUUCAGAUCGGUGAGUGGACGCCUUCAAGUGACAGUGACCCAAUACCUCACCUUAAAACAAUCUCAGGUCCUGCAUCUAGUUCUUCAGUACAGGCAUUCCUGUACAAUGCGGAAUUCUCUUCAGGCAAAGACAAUGAUAAAGGACAAGAAUCAAAACCAUCUGAGUCUGUUUUGGCAGUUAACCUGGAUGAAAAGCAAGAAGAAAGCUUAAGAGAGGAAGAGGCAUUCAUAAGUGAUGAUGUCAAGCAGCUACCAAAUCCUAUUCAGAAUUUGCAGGAAGAGGAAACUGAGAAAUCCACAGAAUUGGUUCUUAUGAUGACUGAACAAAUUUGUCUCUCCGACGCCCAAACAUCUGAAAGUCAAGAAAGCGAAAACACUACUGUUGCCAUGUGGAAGAAGGAGGAGGAUUAUUUGAAAGCAUUAUCUGAUCAAUAUUGUCUUGAAGAAUAUCAGGACAACUAUGAUUUGAUGUCAGACCUUCCAGUUUCCCAUCUCCUGCAUCAUGUCAUCCCAAGAUCCUACACAUUCCCUGUGGAGCCAUCUGCAAAGUCAGCAACCGAUGAAACAGCUGUACAACUAAGUGAACUCUUGUCUCUACCAGUGCUGAUGAAACGGUCAAUUACUGCUCCCUUGGUUUCUCAUGUUUCCCUUGUAAACAAAGCCAUUGUCGACUACUACUUUGUGGAGCUGAAUGUUGAGAAGCAUUUUGGAGCAUUAAGGCAUUUUUUGUUGAUGGAAGAUGGAGAGUUUGCCCAAUCACUCAGUGAUUUACUUUUUGAAAAGCUUGGUUCAGGACAGACACCUGGUGAACUUCUAAACCCACUAGUCCUCAAUUCCAUCUUAAAUAAAGCACUGCAAUACAGUCUUCAUGGAGACACUCACCUAGCCUCCAAUCUCUCCUUUGCACUGAAAUAUCUUCCAGAGAUGUUCAAGCCCAAUGCGCCUGAUGCCCUAAACUGUUUAGAACUACGAUAUAAGGUUGACUGGCCCUUAAAUAUUGUCAUUACUGAGAACUGCAUGAAUAAAUAUAACAAAAUUUUCUCCUUCUUGCUGCAACUGAAGCAUAUGGUGUGGACUCUUAAGGAUGUUUGGUUCCAUUUGAAGCGAACUGCAUUAGUGAAACAUGCAUCAAACUCAGUCCAGUUUCGACAGCUUCAGCUUUAUAAGCAUGAAAUGCAGCACUUUGUCAAAGUUAUUCAAGGUUAUAUUGCCAACCAGAUCCUGCAUGUUACCUGGUGUGAAUUUGGAAACAAACUGUCUUCUGUAGGGAACUUGGAAGAGAUCUACAGAACACAUGCAGAAUACCUCAACAAAGCAAUCUUCCGGGGAUUGCUGACUGAAAAAGCAACUCCUGUGAUGAACAUAAUUCACAGCAUCUUCAGCCUCAUUUUAAAGUUUCGUAGCCAGUUAAUCUCUCAGUCGUGGAGUUUUGAUACUGGCAAGCAAAUGGCCAUUCAUCCCAAUUUUGGCUUAAUGCAGCAGUCCUAUAACACAUUCAAAUAUUACUCUCACUUCUUAUUCAACGUAGUAACUAAGCUUGUAAACAGAGGAUACCAGCCUCAUUUGGAAGAUUUCCUGUUACGAAUCAACUUUAAUAACUACUAUAAAGAUAACUGAAUUUGUGUAAUACAAGACAAAUGAUAGAACAGAGACUCAGAAUCAGCAGUUUACAGUUUUGUUUUGCUAUUUAAUGGACUUGGUCUGUUGAAAAAUCCCAUGAUGCUUCUAAGACAGGAAGCUUUUCCUUUAAAGGCACUGUCAAAGAAUGGGAUAGGAUCCAUAGAAAAUACCAUUAACAUCUAGGAAGAUGCUUCAUCUUUUUUCAUAGCAUGGCAGACGUUCUUACUGUCCUUUUUGGUGCAAGAAAGCAUGCCCAUACAGCAGUGUCUGCAUCAAUGUAAAUUUGUUAAUGUGUAAAUUGUGAGGGGGAAAAACACCUUGUAAAUGUGCGAGUAAUAAACAGUAAAGUAAAA